UAGCGCCCUGUUCUGAUGUCUGUGAGUCGUUGCGCGCGGCUUCUUUCUCGGAUCCGCUAUGGGGGCUCCGUCGUUCUUCGGAGCCGGCAGGGCGGCCCGAGUCGGGCAGCCACGGCCGGAGCUUUCUCCUCCGCUUCGUCCGACGGCGGCAACGGCACAGGCGCGAAAGCCCCGGACACUUCCUUGUUCGUGCCCCUCUCUGUGAUCCCGGUGGCGCUUGGCCCGGAGGGGGAUGUCGGUACCGAGCUCACUCGCCCGCUCAAUAAGAGUGAAGUCCUGAAAGUAUUGAAUAAAUUUUACAGGAGGAGAGAAAUACAAAGAUUAGGGGCAGAAAAUGGAUUAGAUGCUCGCCUUUUUCAUCAAGCAUUUGUAAGCUUUAGGAAAUACAUUAUGGAAUCGACUACAUUGGGCCCUGAUGUGCACAUUAUUCUCAGUGAUAUAUGUUGUGGGGCAGGGCAUGUUGAUGAUCUGUUUCCGUUUUUCAUGAGACACGCUAAGCAGAUCUUUCCUAUGUUGGAGUGUAUGGAUGAUCUGCGCAAAAUCAGUGACUUACGAUUGCCCCCCAACUGGUAUUCAGAAGCAAGGGCUAUCCAAAGAAAAAUUGUGUUUCAUGCAGGUCCGACAAAUAGUGGAAAAACCUAUCAUGCAAUCCAGAGAUAUUUAUCAGCAAAGUCAGGAGUAUACUGUGGCCCUUUAAAGCUACUGGCACAUGAGAUCUUCCAAAAGAGUAAUGAUGCUAAUGUGCCAUGUGAUUUAGUGACUGGGGAAGAACGAGUCUGUGUAAAUGGAGACGGCAGACCAGCUGAACACGUUGCUUGCACUAUUGAGAUGUGCAGUGUUAAUAUACCCUAUGAAGUGGCUGUAAUUGAUGAAAUUCAGAUGAUCAGAGAUCCUUCCAGGGGUUGGGCUUGGACGAGAGCACUCUUGGGGCUCUGUGCAGAAGAAAUUCAUGUUUGUGGGGAAGCUGCUGCUAUCAACUUGGUGACAGAGCUGAUGUAUACGACAGGUGAGGAGGUGGAGGUGAGAAACUACAAGAGGCUUACCCCUAUAAAGGUGCUGGAUCAGGCCCUUGAAUCUCUGGAUAAUCUUCGUCCUGGUGAUUGCAUCGUCUGUUUCAGCAAGAGUGAUAUUUAUUCAGUGAGCCGGCAGAUAGAAGCACGUGGGUUGGAAUGUGCUGUCAUAUAUGGAAGCCUGCCACCUGGAACGAAGCUUACUCAAGCCAAGAAAUUCAAUGAUCCUGAUGAUCCUUGUAAAAUCAUGGUUGCUACAGAUGCCAUUGGAAUGGGGCUCAAUCUGAGCAUAAAGAGAAUCAUUUUUAACUCUCUGAUCAAGCCAGCUGUCAAUGAGAAAGGUGAAAAGGAAAUGGAUAACAUCACGACUUCCCAGGCAUUACAGAUUGCUGGGAGAGCUGGGAGGUUUAGUAGCGUGUUCAAAGAGGGGGAAGUCACUACUAUGCAUCGCGAUGACCUUCCAUUGUUGAAGGAAAUCUUGAAUAAAUCAGUGGAUUCCAUAGAGACUGCUGGCCUGCAUCCAACUGCUGAACAGAUUGAAAUGUUUGCAUAUCAUCUUCCCGAUGCCACCCUCUCCAAUCUAAUUGAUAUUUUUGUGAGUCUCUCUCAAGUGGAUGGCCUUUACUUUGUCUGCAAUGUUGAUGACUUUAAAUUCCUAGCUGACAUGAUUCAGCACAUUCCUCUGAACUUGAGAGCGAGAUAUGUGUUCUGCACAGCACCCAUCAACAAAAAGCAGCCAUACGUGUGCACGUCACUGUUGAAGUUUGCACGGCAGUUCAGUAGAAAUGAACCUCUGACUUUUGAUUGGCUGUGCAGACACAUUAAUUGGCCUCUGACCCCACCCAGGAAUAUAAAGGAGCUUGUUCACCUGGAAGCAGUUCACGAUGUCCUCGAUCUCUAUCUUUGGCUGAGUUACCGCUUUAUGGACAUGUUCCCAGACACCAGCCUUGUGAGAGAUAUCCAGAAGGAGCUGGAUGACAUCAUACAAAUUGGGGUGCUCAACAUCACGAGACUAAUCAGAGUUUCAGAAGCCACAUCUGGAACGGUGGCUGUCCCAGAUGAUUUCCCGCUUCAGAGAACUCACAUUGGUGAUGGGAUGUUGAAUGCAGAAGACCUUCCACAGACUGACCAAGCACCUCUCCAGAAUGAUGCCAAGGCCCAAGGGCAGCGAAGAGCAAGGGGCUCUAAAGCACUGGGCUACAGGUCAACUGGAGUGCAGGUGGACCCCCCAGCUCGAGUCCGGGGUGCUUUGGCUGCUAGACUGGUACAGCAAGGACUCCUCAGCCAGGAUUUGCUGAAACAGCUGGAGCAGGAGUGGUUAGCUCAACACAACGGGAAUGCUGAUGGUAUUACUAAGAACACUGAUCCCAAUGGGAAGAAGAGAAAGUGAAAACGAUAGAUCUCUGUGAAAUAAAAAAGGUUAUUUAGUAACA